AUGGCUAAGGAAUUGGAGACUGGAAAUCGUCUGGUGUUCGCUUAUUAUGUUACUGGCCAUGGAUUCGGGCAUGCAACUCGUUGCGUUGAGGUUGUUCAUCAUCUGAUUCUUUCUGGUCAUGAUGUUCAUGUGGUUACUGGUGCUCCUGAUUUUGUCUUCACUUCUCAAAUACAAUCUCCACGACUUUUCCUUAGAAAGCUAGUGAUAGACUGUGGAGUAGUUCAAGCAGAUGCUUUAACAGUAGACAGACUUGCCUCCUUGGAGAAAUAUUCUGAGACAGCAGUUGUUCCUCGUGAUUCUAUCUUGGCAACAGAAGUGAAGUGGCUAAAAUCCAUCAAAGCAGACUUAGUGGUGUCAGAUGUUGUUCCAGUUGCUUGUCGUGCAGCAGCUGAUGCUGGUAUUCGUGCAGUUUGUGUAACAAAUUUCAGUUGGGACUUCAUUUAUGCAGAAUAUGUUAUGGUUGCUGGAUAUCAUCAUAGAUCAAUUGUUUGGCAGAUAGCUGAGGACUAUUCACAUUGUCAAUUCCUAAUACGUCUUCCAGGAUUUUGUCCAAUGCCUGCUUUUAGAGAUGUGGUUGAUGUACCUUUGGUUGUAAGGAAGCCACGAAAAUCACGCAAGGAGGUAAGAGACGAAUUAGGUAUCAAAGACAAUGAGAAGGCCAUGGUACUCAACUUUGGUGGACAAUCAUUAGGUUGGAACUUAAAGGAGGAGUACUUGCCUCCUGGUUGGAUUUGCCUGGUUUGUGGAGCACAUGACAAUCACCAGGAGCUUCCUCGCAAUUUCAAGAAGCUGGCAAAAGACGUGUAUACCCCUGAUGUCAUGGCAGCAUCUGACUGCAUGCUUGGAAAAAUUGGAUAUGGAACCUGUAGUGAAGCUUUGGCAUACAAAUUACCUUGUGUGUUUGUACGUAGAGAUUAUUUCAAUGAAGAACCAUUUUUGAGAAAUAUGCUUGAGUAUCAUGAAGGUGGUGUUGAGAUGAUAAGAAGGGACUUACUUGUAGGUCAUUGGAGGCCAUAUCUUGAAAUAGCAACUACUUUGAAACCUAGCUAUGAGGGUGGGGUCAAUGGUGGUGAGGUUGCAGCCAAGAUUUUGCAGGAUGCAGCUCAUGGAAAGAAUUACAAGUCAGAUGAGGAUAGUGGGGCAAGGAGAUUGUGUGAUGCCAUAGUGCUUGGAUUUCAAUUACAAAGAGCUUCAGGAAGAGAUAUCAGUAUCCCAGAAUGGUAUACUAAUGCUCAAAAUGAACUUGGUUUUCGUACAGGAUCACCACAAUCAUCUGAUGCUGCUAAUAAUAAUUCUAGCUUUUUUCAGAAUUCAGUUUGUGAUGAGUUUGAGAUUCUUCAUGGAGAUGUAAAGGGUCUUCCAGACACCAUCAACUUUUUGAAAAGUUUGGCUGAAUUACGUGUCUCUCAUAAUUCUGAAAAGCCAUACAUAAGAGAACGCAAGGCUGCAGCUGCUCUCUUUAACUGGGAGGAAGAGAUAUAUGUGGCAAGGGCACCAGGAAGAUUGGAUGUAGUUGGAGGAAUUGCAGACUACUCUGGAAGCCUUGUUUUGCAGAUGCCAAUUAGAGAAGCUUGCCAUGUUGCUGUGCAAAAGAUUCAACCAACCAAACAGAGGCUCUGGAAGCAUGCACAGGCUCGACAGCAAGCCAAAGGACAAAAACAAACACCUGUUCUCCAAAUUGUGUCAUAUGGAUCAGAGUUGAGCAAUCGUGGUCCAACAUUUGACAUGGACAUAUCAGACUUUAUGGAUGGAGGGAAACCGAUUUCAUACGAAAAGGCAAAACAUUACUUUUCCCAUGAUACAUCUCAAAGAUGGGGCCUAAGUGAUAUUCUAUACUAA